AUGCAAUCAUUACCAGUAUUUAGAAUAGACAAUGAUAAUAAAAAUGUUUCCGAUAUCACUAAGAAAUGUAUCGAUAUCACUUUGAAAUUUCAAGAUAAAUUCAAAUACUAUCCAAACUUCAUCGUUUCUUCUCCAGGAAGGGUCAAUAUCAUUGGUGAGCAUAUCGAUUAUGAGGAGUUCCCUGUUUUGCCAAUGGCAAUUAAUAAAAAUAUAUUAUGUGCAGUGAGAAUUUUGGAAAAUAGUCAUUCAAUUAGUAUUUAUAAUGAUAACUAUGAGAAGUUCGCUGAAAAGAAAUUCGACUUGCCAUUGAACGGCGAGCUGAUAUCGAUCGACCCUUCGAUCUCAGAUUGGUCGAACUAUUUCAAGUGUGGGCUGUUAGUGGCACAUAAAUUCUUGAAGAAAAAAUAUCCCGACCGUUUUAACAAUGCAAUGUUAAAAGGGUUAUAUAUUUAUAUUAAGGGUGACAUCCCUACUGAAAGUGGUAUUUCCUCGAGUGCGGCCAUGUGUGUGACGGUUGCAGCAUUGAUAAUAAGAAGUAAUUUGGGCCCAGAGUAUAGCAUCAGCAAGAAAGAACUCAUAGCAAUCACAGAAGGUGCUGAACAUUACAUAGGUGUGAGCACGGGUUCGAUGGACCCAGCAGUUAUUAUUUGCAACGAAUCGAAUAAGUUGUCGUUUAUAAAUUUCAAACCUCAGCUAUCCACUUCGAAUGUGGAAUUGCCAGUCUUUAACAGUGAAAACAAUAUCAGGUUUUUAAUUGCAAACACGUUGGUUUCCUCGAACAAAUACGAAACGGGGCCAAUCAAUUACAACUUGAGGGUUGUUGAAGACACAAUUGCUGCAAACAUCUUAGCUGCUAAAUAUGGGUUCCAACUGAAUAGACGAAUGACAGAGAGUUUUACUUACGAUGAAGACGAUUACGACAUGACAUUCAACUCCACAAGAAAGCAGCAAACAUUUAGCAAGGGCAACUUGCGAGAUUUCAUGGAUGCUUAUUUUGCAAGACACCUGAACGAUGAAAGCGAGUUAUUCAUAAACCCCAAUGACCACAAUAGUAUCAAGAGAACAGAACAGAUGCUCAACACUAUGAUUAACCUGCUGGACAACUGUUUCCCCAACGACAACAAUCAACAUAGCACAGGAUACAGUAUUCCUGAACUCGCCGGUUUGCUGAACUGUUCCCGUGAUGAGUUCACAAGAGAAUACUUAUUAGUGAACCCAGUGAGAUUCCAGACGUUGAAGGUGUACCAGAGAUCGAAACAUGUCUUCACCGAGGCUCUGCGAGUCAUCAAAUGCAUCGAACUGAUCAAUUUCCAUGGCGAUUUAUCCAUGGACCGGUUUUUAAAAGAGUUGGGACGAUUGAUGCAUGAAAGCCAACGUUCCUGCGAUGAACUAUACGAAUGUUCUUGUCCUGAGAUCGACGAGGUGUGCGAGAUUGCAAUUGCCAAUGGUUCAUACGGCUCGCGUUUGACAGGGGCAGGAUGGGGUGGAUGCACCGUACAUUUGGUGUCUUCCGAUGAACAAAUCGAAAACAUCAAAAGAUCGCUGAGAGAGAACUAUUAUCUGAAACAUAAUCCCAGCAUUACAGAAGAAGAGUUGAAGAAUGCAAUGAUAGUGUCGACUCCGUCGAUGGGAAGCUGCAUCUUUGAAUUAUAA